AUGUCUAUUUCGACAAUAUCAAACAAAAUUUUAGAGAAAGAAUGUAGCAUUAUAUCAUUUCAUCCUGUAAAAAAUGAUGACAACCAAAACAUUGAUGACUCGCCAAAAGUGAGAACAGUUAACUAUCAAAAUACAUAUAGAUUAUUAUCAAAAAAUCCAUUUAACGAAACUAAGACAUUAGAAGCUGUACAAGAAGAAUUGGAGAAAUAUAUAAAAUGUGAUACAAGAUAUGAUCCUCAAAGAGCUGCAGGCAUAUGUGCUUCUUUAUCACAAGCCGUAAGAGAUCGUAUUCAAGACAUGAAUUUCGACAGAUACAAAAUUGUAUGUGUUGUUGAUAUAGGAGAAAAGAAAGGCCAAGGAAUUAUUUCAAUAGCUAGGUUUUUAAGGGAUUUCAGCAAGGAUAAAUAUUUAUUUAGAAAUUUUGAAAAUCAUUUUUUGUUUAUCACUGUUAUGGUUGGAGCAUUUUAUUUUGAAUAA